CAAAAAUUACUUGACUGACACUUUGACAUUUUUAUCAAAACCAAAAAAAUUCCGAUAAAUCCUCAUUAUUUUAAUUUUAUAGAAAAAAAGUAAAAUAUGGGAAAAUUAAUUGAACAAUUCGCCGCCCUACAAGGUCAUAAAGGCCGAAUCUGGGGCGUCGACUGGCACCACAAAGGCAAUGCAUUCGCUUCCUGCGGUGAAGACAAAACAAUACGCAUUUGGUCACAAAAUGGACAAAAUUGGACAACAAAAACAAUUCUAUCUGAUGGACAUCAACGAACAAUACGGGAAGUCUCAUGGUCACCUUGUGGACAAUUCCUAGCUUCGGCUAGUUUUGAUGCUACAACUGCCAUUUGGAGUAAAACAUCAGGAGAGUUUGAAUGCAAUGCAACUCUCGAAGGACACGAAAACGAAGUUAAAAGUGUCAGUUGGUCUGUUUCGGGUUCCCUCCUUGCCACAUGCAGUCGUGACAAAUCCGUUUGGAUUUGGGAAGUCGCUGGCGAUGAUGAGUUCGAAUGCGCCGCUGUUUUAAAUUCACAUUCGCAAGAUGUUAAAAAAGUUGUCUGGCAUCCGUAUGAAGAGAUCCUAGCUUCGGCAAGCUAUGACAACACAAUCAAACUAUACAAAGAGAAUACUUUAGAUAGUGACUGGGAAUGUACAGCGACUUUAGCUUCACACACGUCGACAGUUUGGAGUAUUGCAUUUGAUCAAUUUGGUAAACGACUAGCUUCUUGUUCUGAUGACAAGACAGUCAAAAUAUGGCAAGCUUACCUCCCCGGCAACGAAGAAGGCAUCCAUACACCUGACAAUGAAACCGUUUGGAAGUGUGUGUGUACCAUUUCUGGGGAGCAUACGAGAGCGGUUUAUGAUAUAAGUUGGUGUCAUCAGACGGGAUUGAUUGCGACAGCGUGUGGAGAUGAUUCCAUUCGCAUAUUCAAAGAAGACGAAGGUUCGUCAAAGAAUGAACCAACUUUUUCACUGGUCACUUCUGUGGAUAAGGCACAUUUGCAGGAUGUCAAUUGUGUGAAAUGGAAUCCGUCAGUAGCUGGUCAGUUGUUGUCGUGUAGUGAUGAUGGUAAUAUUAAAAUUUGGAAUUUUGUUGAGUAGUUUUUUUGUCCAAAAUAGAGAAAGAGAGUGGGAAAUAUAUAUAUUUUUAUUG